UUAUCUCUAAUGGAGAAACAAGAAGACACAAAGAAUUCUUGCUUACAAAAUGACUUGUCAAAAUAUGGUUCUGGCAUCAAAUCUAUGCUAAAGCCAGAGAUGAAAUGUUUUAAAUUACAGGAUAAGAAAUUCAGAUUUGAUCCUGAAGACGAAAUCUUCCAAGAAAUUCCACCUCCGGAAAUAUAAAUACUUGUCUGUGCUGACAAGAUGAACAGGAUUAUACCAAAAAUACUAAGGGUUCGACAAAGAAGGGUUAUUGAAGCUUAUGAGGGCAUUUGAUAUGCGACAAAUGGGAUUCAAAGAGAGUCCCUUUUCAAGGAAAGAAGAGAGACCCAAAGAUUUGUUGUGUAGUUUGCUAUAAAAAGAUACUAAUUUUUCUCAACCUCUAUACCCCUUUUGAAUUUCAGAUGAUAAAUAUGCACUCUAAGUUGUGAAGUUUAACAAAAUGCCAGGAAGAAAAAGAAGUGAAACUGAAGAAAAUAGAAGAGGAUUUGCAUCAAAAGAAGCAAAGUGAAGCAUUUUUGGAGAAACGCCAGCUAAAAUUCAACGCAAAAGCAGAUCAAAUUGAGCAAAACUAUCAACAGUUGAUUCAGGAUUAUAAAGACACCAACAAUAAUUCGCAAAUUUUAGACUUAAACUCUGGAAUUGAGGAAGUGAAUAGGCUCAUAAGGGACAGGAAAUAAAGAGGACUUCAAGUAUGAGCUAGACUUAAAAGAGUACUCUGCAAAACUUGAAAACGUUGAGAAUGAUAUUAAACAAACGGAGGUGGAGUUACAGAAAUAUAAAACUCAUGAUGUUGAUUUUGAUGAUGUCAUAGGUCAUAUUGAUAAAGAGUUCUGGGAAAAUGCUUCAGAUGAUAGCUUUAACUAAGAUGUUGGGUUAAAAGAGCAACAGAGGUAUUUUUGGAAGGAUAUGUGUGUUUUCAAUUUCAU